AUAAGGCACCGAAAAGCACAAAUUUAUAUAUUUUUCUGAUUAUGAGAAACGGAGAGAAAUGUUUUUUUCCCGCUGGCUUGCGCAUGCCACAUUGGGCUGCUACUGCCCAAAUCACAUGAGCCCACCCUGGCAUUCACACUGGACAUGGACACAAGCCCAGCAGACCCUUGGAACAUGAAAACGGUGGUCAGAUUACGCGGCAUCGACUUGGUCUGGUCAACGAAAUGCGGGUCGUCCAAGCUCCCCCGAUUGACUGGCAACUGGCAUGUGUAUUUUGCAAUCCAACCAUGGCCUGAGCAAGAAACGGACCUGGAGGACACAUGACCUUUGUUCUCUUCCAUUACCUCAUCUCCUGUGCUCCGAUCCGAUCAUCCACUCCUGUGCAGAUAGUGGACCGAUCUGAUGUGCUUAUCAGCAUCUGUAGGCGUUCGCCAGUGAGAGAGUAGUACUCGAGAGACCUAUCGCAACAAUGGCAGAGAUGGUCGGGUCCGUCGUUGUCGGCGAGGUGGUCAACCGGACCUUCUCCUUCCUCAUCAGCAAGCACAGCAGGGAGCGCCUGAGCACGCGGGAAGGCGUCGAGCGGCUGGAGAUGGCGCACAUCAAGAUGGAGGCCGCGCUGGAGCUGUCCAGCCGCUGGCAGCACCACGCCACCGACGCCGACGCGUCCCUGCUCCGCUGGCGCCGGAAGCUGAGGCGCGCCGCGGACGAGUGCGACGCCGCGCUGCACCGGUGGAAGCUGCGGGAGCUGCAGGAGGAGGACGCCCGCGAGAGGCUGGCCCGGGCGCCGCUCCCGCGCCGCGUCGCGCACGCGGUCCUCUGCUUCCUCUCGGCGCUCCUGCUCCUCGCCCGCGCCCGCGGCGGCGGCGGCGACGACGACGCGUGCUCCCACGCCUGUGCCGCCGUCCGGAGGUUCGAGAGGCUGGCCAGCGGCGCCGCCGAGUUCCUCAGGUGCGUGGAGUUCGGCAGCGCGCCGCGGAGGUGCGGCGGCCUGUUCGGUGGCGGCCCCGUCGCUGGGAGGCUCGCGAGCUACGAGAGGCUGCAGCUGGGAGCUCCUCAGCAGCACCGUUUCUUGGGCGUCGGGCCCGCAAGUCCGGCGGAGGUUUGGGCGGACAGCAAGCCCUGCCGUGCUUACCCCAAUCGUAGGCCGUCGUCGGGGAAGAAACUGCUGCUGGUGUGAAAAAUGGCGAAGGCAACAGGAAUACAGGAUACACGAUCUGCUCCGGUUCCAGACUUCCAGUCAAGCCAGCCAAGCAGGGCCAUGUCACAGCAGCUCUGGCAGGAGGUUCCGUCUGGGCUCCGGACCGGAGAGCGCGCGGUCACUCUCAACUCCAUGUGACGUUCGUAUCUGCGCUGAAGGCGACAAUUUUAUGGCCCAACUUGUACACUGUACACCGUUGAAGUUCAUCGAGUCUAUGGUCAAAAUUAUCGUGUUUCGUGUCUUUUCAAGAUUUCUGGAUUGGGAAUUUUAAGACCCUGUUUGGAUCCAUUAGGUCUCGAAACUGGUUUUUAAAAGCUAGAAAUAGGUCUAGUUUUUAUUUAGUUUUCAGAAACUAGUUUACUGGUUUCUUAAAAACCAAGAAUCUGAUUACCUACUGCUAAAACCAGUUUUUAGAUGGCUAUUUAUGUACUACCUUUAAUGAGAUAGAGAAAAAUUACUAACAA